GUGAGGUCAGAACGUGUUCUGGGAUAUCGGGUCGGUGAUGGACACGGCAGUGGUUACUGAAGGGGGCCACCGCGUGGGAUCGCGAGCUCGGCGGAAACUUUCUUACGGCAAGAAGCGGACACUGUUUGAACUUGUGCAGGCUGCAGGUAGCGGCAUUGACCCGGAAGUGUUUAAGAUUCUGCUGGACCUUCUACGCAUGAAUGUGUCACCUUUGGCUGUCUUUCAGAUGUUGCGUUCCAUGUGUGCUGGGCAGAGAUUAAUUAGUACUGAGGCUCCUUCUGAUGCAGCACGAGGGAGAGCAAGAACCAUUUCUACAGCAGCUGGCAAUCAACCUGUGUCAGAUCAUAGCAACCGAGAAGGAUCUGGUCAACGAGUACCACGGCAGCCAAGUGCCAGCAGGCUGCCGAAGACUGGGUGUCCUGUGAAAAAUCCAUAGAUAUUUAGAAAAUGGCUAAACAUUAUUCUCAUGUUCCAGGAAAGCCAAUGACUAGAAUGCUAUGUAAAGUUUUAACUAUUAAAUAACAUAAUGAACUUGUUCAAAUUAAUUUGUUGUUCAGUUUAAAUAUCAGGCAGUACAGAAUAUGUUGUUUCUGUAUUUCUUGUAUUACUGUUUACGAUUACAUGUAGCUUUGUUACCUGUUGAUUUCUAUUGGGGGACAUUUCUUUUUUGAAAUUAAGUUAUACAAAUCUUUUAACUUGUCUCCUAUGGAAUCCAUGUGCUUAUUCACAGAACAUUUUGACAGUGCAUCCUUGACUUGCAACCACAAUUAAGCCCAUAAUUUCUGUUGCUAAGAAAAACAUUUGUUAAGUGAAUUUUGCCUUCUUCAUAAAUGAACAAAUGAAAAUCUUUCUUUCUGCAGUCAAGCCUAUGGCUCUGUGAUUCUCCGAUGGUCUUUCAUGAAAAUGCUAAUCAGAUCUGAUCUUGCAUGAUCUUGUUUUUCCAAGACCAGCCAAAGCUGGGUGGAUACUCCUACUCAACUUCGUUGUAAAACAUGCAUGGCAGCCAACCCUAAAUCCUGAAUUCUAUGCAAAUGUUUUCGGGAAUAAAUUCAGUAAGAAUUAGGGUUAUUUCAGCCUGCUACUGCAUUCCUGAAACAAAUUUAUUAACAAAGAACAAAGAUGCAAAUGAUAUUCCAAGCUGAUUUAGCCUCUUAAACAUGCUUAAGGAUCAUUUUUGAAGCACUAAUUAGAGAGAAAAUAAUUUUGUAGUUUAAGUAUUCUUCAAGAAAUGUAGUGAUUGCAGGUUCAGAACAAAAUAUGACUGGCAAUGAGUUUAUGCUAUCCUUAAUAUAGACCUGCAUGAAUUCGAACUGCAUUUGCUGAGGAACAACAGCAGGAGUGUCCUAUACUGUAGAUGUUUAUCAUAAUUGUAUAACUGGUGUGAUUUCUCUAGUAUUAUGUCUGUCCCUCACAUAGCUCACCAACUAUUAGUUUUCCAUUUUUGAUCUAAGUGUGCAGUUCUUACGUAAUUUUUCUAUUCCACGAAAAAUCUUUCCCUUCAGUCCUUGCCUCUGAUGUUUAUGUGACCAGGGAAAGUUUAAGUUUGGCUACAUUAUGAUAGGCAUUUGGAGAACUAAGAUGAUUAUGAAUCCUUCAUAAGGAUUGCAGAAAAAAGUAUAAGAGAUAGUGUAACAAAAAAAAUCAAUUUAUGGCAUAUUUUGAACUAUUGCCUACAUUCCUUACCAUCAUCUGUGGGAAGAACUGCUUCCCUGUAUUUUUCAGUAAUGUGUAACCCUAUUUUUAAUACAGAUAGUCCUUGACUUAUGAUAUUAAUGGAGCCUGCCCAUUCAUGUCAGAAGUAGAGGACCACAUUAAAUGAAGCAUCUAACAACAUCCCUGUCCCUGUUUUCCCCAAUGCAUUUGUUAAACUAAUGCACAGGUGAUUAGGUAGAGCAUGGGUGACUCAGGGAUGGGAGAAACCAAAGGAGGCCUAGUGCAGGUGUAGGCACUUCCAGGAGGCCUCUCCCACCCUCUAUGGUAUUCCAUGCUCUGCCUCCUGCCCCUUGGUUUCCCCAAAGCCCUAUGGUCCUCCUCCAUACCCCACCAUUUGUUUACUUACAUUUUGAUGAGCUCAGAAAGUCAGAGUAGAGAAGGCCGCUCUCUCACUGGGCCACGUGGCACAAUCAAAAAUAUGAAAUUAGGUCACUUUUGCUUCCAUGCCGCCAGCUCUAGCUUUACACUAGUCUUACACAGGUGGCGCUAAGAAAUCAUAGUGAUUUAGGCUAAUUGGAGAGGAACCAGAAUAGGCAUAAUUUAUUCAUAGCACUGCCAGUGCUACCUUUACGCUAGUCUUAUGGUGGUAGAGCAAAGAAGAAAUAUUAUCUCUUGCUUCCAUGGCAAUUCUUUUCUCCCCAGCCAGGGUAAAUCACUACCGAUUUAUACUGGCUGGCGGGAAAGGAUUGCCAAGGAAACAAGAGAGAUCAGAUUUCUUCUUGAUUAUGCCACGUGGCCCAGCAAAGGAGCAGCCUUCUCUACGUAAGAUAGUUGGUAAGUACUUACUCUCUACUUAAGUAAUUAGGUAAGUAGGUAGGUAAGUGACAGGGAAGUGGGGGGUGGGGACGAAUGCAUAGAACUCAGUAUCUUGGCAAAGCAGACCAAUAUACUGGAUUCUAGGGGCAUUUGAGGACCUGGCCAGGCAAAAUGGGAGGGAAAUUGGGUGGGUGGGUGUGCUGCAGUGUCUCUGCAGUCAGUCAUAAGGGCGAAUGAUCAUGGGGGUGCUGCAGAAUUUGUAACUUUGAAACAUUUGUAUUUAGCUUUUGGGGUAUGCAUUGUAACUUCAAGCAUUUGUUGAAUGGCCUGUCAUACCUCAAAGAUUACCUGUAUCUUGAACCAUCUUGUUUCCCCAGCAGCUUCAGCUGUAUUUUAUCUGCUGCUCUGACCUCUCCCCUGCAUUUCCUCUGUAACCUUUCACCUAAAUUUAAAGUAGUAUCUGUUGGCACAUUAAAUCUGGGAGGCAGUUCCUUACCGCAAUUGUCCCCUCUUGGACUACUAUUUUGUAAGUUUAUGUUAUACACUUAAAGUAAUAAAAUGAACUAUUUUUUUUA